CAGUGAAAAGGCGAAAAAGAAAGAACAAGUAGAGAGAGAGAGAGAGAGAGAGGGUGAGAGGGUGAGAGGAUGAUCCAUCCAAUCGAUCCCUUGCUAUUGCUACGAUCCACACGCACCUCUCUUCACUCUCCAUUUGUCUCUUCUUAACCCUACAUAUUAUCAUUCAUUCCGCUAAGCACACUGCUUCCCCUUCGCCCCAAAUGACUCUCUGCAACGCUUAACUCUUUCUGCACCCCAACCCCUUCCGCUGUGACCAUGCCUCGUAAAGUGAACUACGGACUCGAUUACGACGACGAUUACUACGAUGACGAAGACUAUGACGAUUAUGAGUAUGAUAUCGAUGCAGAACACCAUGGAGGAGCUGAUACAAAGCAAGAGACUGUAACACCCGGGCUUUGGCAAUGCUCCAUUUGCACUUAUGACAAUGAUGAGAGUAUGACUUCGUGUGAUAUUUGUGGUGUUGUACGUCAUCCCUUGCUUAACAUUGGAACUUCCAACAGUAGCAAAACAGUUGAAGACAUAAGCAAAAGUCCUGGAGCAUCCAAGUUGGCCAGGUCUCUUUUUCAAUCAUUACCACAACAGAUUCCCAAAGAAGUUGUAUUAUUUCCAAAGCUGGGUGAUGGUUUUCUGGCAGAUGGAAGUAACUUCUACAAGCUUGAGAAUGUCCGAGGAGAAUUUCAUGAAAUUCAUAAGGCUUUUAGUACUCAAAGCCAUCCACAUUUAAACAUAGAUUCAUUCAAGUUCGAUGUUCCAUCCCCAGAUGAUGUGGUUUAUUCUGGUCUACAUUCUUCCAAAAUGGGUUUGAAAGACAAAGUUACAAACUCUAAAAGUUCUCAGCUUUCAUCGAGCAUCAGAGAGAAGAAUGAACUGUCUGUACAAUCAAAUGUUGAAAGUUUAGAAAACUUAUCAUCCUUAAUGCGAAAGAGCAAACAGGAAAGUUCAGCAGUGAGCAAGCUUUCUAAAAAUGUAGCAAUUGAUCUACAAAUAAGUGGUAAAACUUUAAACAGCUUGCCAGAAUCUUUGUCAAAAGACAAAGGCAACAAUAUUAAUAAAAUAAAUUCUUCGAAGAAUGGUACAAUUGAUAUUCAAUCAAGCAAAGAAAAGUCAGGUAGCUUGUCUGCAUCGACAAAAAUCAAGGAAAGUGAUAAGAUUAGUUUGUCUUCAAUCAAAGAUGGAAAACCUGAAAGUAAUUCCAGCAGUUUCAACAAUAUGGUUCUUGAUGUAAGGUCUGGAAAUUCAAGUAGUACUAAUGCUAAGGGAUCACAUUCACAUGUUUCUUUUAAGCCAGAAAAAUGGAUGCUCCCUCAACAAGCUGAAGAUACAUUGACUCAGCUAAAUCUUGCAAUUGUUGGCCAUGUUGAUUCUGGAAAAUCAACUCUAUCUGGUAGGUUACUACACCUAUUGGGACGAAUUUCCCAGAAAGAAAUGCACAAAUAUGAAAAGGAGGCCAAGUUACAGGGCAAGGGAUCUUUUGCUUAUGCUUGGGCACUUGAUGAAAGUUCUGAAGAAAGAGAAAGGGGAAUAACUAUGACAGUGGCUGUUGCUUAUUUUGACACCAAGAGAUAUCAUGUUGUUGUGCUUGACUCCCCAGGCCAUAAAGAUUUUGUACCAAACAUGAUUUCUGGGGCAACACAAGCUGAUGCUGCAAUUCUUGUUAUAGAUGCUUCACUUGGUUCAUUUGAAGCUGGUAUGGAUGGCAACAAAGGUCAAACAAGGGAGCAUGCACAACUUAUCAGAAGCUUUGGUGUUGACCGGGUUAUAGUUGCUAUAAAUAAGAUGGAUGCUGUUGAGUACUCCAAAGAUCGAUUUGAUUUUAUAAGGCAGCAGCUGGGAGUUUUUCUUCAUUCAUGUGGUUUCAAAGCCUCUUCUGUAUCUUGGAUUCCCAUGAGUGCCAUGGAAAAUCAAAAUUUGGUGGCAUCCCCUUCCGAUGCUCGGUUCAAAAACUGGUAUGGUGGACCUUAUCUGUUAGAUGCAAUUGACUCUCUCAAACCUCCUACAAGAGAUUUCUCAAAACCUCUACUAAUGCCAAUAUGCGAUGUCAUUAAAUCAACUAUGCUUGGACAGGUGUCUGCUUGUGGUAAACUGGAAGCAGGAGCUCUUCGGAGUGGAUCAAAGGUCUUAGUUAUGCCUUCAGCUGUUGUGGGAACAGUACGCUCAUUGGAGCGUGAUUCUAAUGCCUGCACUGUUGCAAGAGCUGGAGAUAAUGUAGCUGUAACGUUGCAAGGUGUUGAUGGGAGUCAUGUGAUGGCGGGAGGUGUACUCUGCCAUCCUGACUUUCCUGUUGCAAUUGCUAAGCAUUUGGAGUUGAAAGUGCUAGUUUUGGAUGGUGCAAGUCCCAUAUUGAUGGGUGCUCAGUUAGAGUUUCAUAUACACCAUGCAAAGGAACCCGCUAGAGUUUCAAGAAUAUUGUCAUUACUUGAUCCCAAGACUGGUAAGAUAACCAAAAAGUCGCCUCGCUGUCUCACUGCUAAGCAAAGUGCAGUAAUUGAGGUGAUUUUGAAUGAGUCUGUUUGUGUGGUGGAGUUCUCUACUUGUAAAGCUCUUGGAAGGGUGUCCCUAAGAUCAUUGGGAAGAACAAUUGCUGUUGGAGUUGUGACAAGAAUAAUUGAAGAACAAGGUUAGAGUAUGAUAUUCAUCAAAUAAGAAAAAAAUGAUGAUAACAAGGCAACUUUGUUUGCCAUCCUAGUCUAGAUUAAGUUAUACUCCCAGACAAGGGGCAGCUAUAUGUGAAUUAUGUAAGAAUGGUGAAGAUUUUUUGUAUGUUUCUCACCAUAUAUGUAUAUCAUACACGAGCGUUUCUUUCCAAAAGAUCUGGGCUUAUGUACCAUUACCAUAGCAAACUAGUCGGACAAAGAGACAAAAAAAGUAUGCGUCGGAUGCAAUUGCUUUUAUUCUUUAAUGCUACUCUUCAGCAUAAUCAUUAUAUGUCUUGCUUAAAUUUUGGUAUUUUCCUUGGGAAAGCAUUAUUUUAUUACCUU